ACACUUUGAUUUGCAAUGCCCUCCUCGGUGGCUGUUUUUCCCUGCAUUGGCUACAGGAAGCUCAUUCCCUGGUUGCUAAGGCAACCAAGGAGGAUGGCCCACAGCAGGAGUACGGGAAGCCUUGCGCUGCCUUUCAACUCGUCGCUGUGCAGCAUGCCUGCUGACCUGCUGCGGGCUGGGAGGAGGAGCCAACUCUGCAGAGGAGCUUCUCCAGGCCCUGUAUGGGUCCUGCCGCCCCGCUGCCCCACCAUGAGACAGAGCUCCAGCAUUAGAGCUAGUGCUCCUCUCUCCCUCUGCUGGCCACUGCACAGCUCUGACUCGCUCUGCUCCAGUAGUAACAGGAGCACAGGCGGCAAGAUGUCAUCCUCUUCCUCCUCCUCCUCCUCCACCAACGAUGGACAAGGGAAGCCUAAACCUAAAUCCCCGUUUCGCAAAAGGGGAAGCCUGCAGAGCACCACCAGCCCUGACCUGUGUGGUGCAUCCGGACCCAAGCCCCUCAAGCCUCAGAGAUCCCUUCCAGGGACGCCCGUUUCUAUCACACACUACCCAAUCGACCUGCGGACAUCCAUGGAGGAAAAAUACAAAGAGAUUGCUGAGGAGCUGUUCACACGCAGCAUGGCAGAGAGCGAGAUGCGAACUGCUCCUUAUGAGUUCCCGGAGGACAGCCCCAUCGAACAGCUGGAAGAGCGACGGCACCGCCUAGAGAGACAAAUCAGCCAGGACAUUAAGCUUGAGCCAGAGAUCUUGCUCCGCGCCAAACAGGACUUCAUGAAAAUCGACAGUGCUCCAGACCUUGAGUUGAUGAAGGAGAAGAGUGUGGACAUUGUUGAUGAUGGCUUUAGGGAGAGACAAUUGCCUCUGGAGAAAGAGUACCAGCGGGUCUCAAUAUCUGGAGAGGAAAAAUGCGGGGUGCCCUUCACUGACUUGGUCGAUGCUGCAAAGUGUGUGGUGAAGGCAUUAUUCAUCCGAGAGAAGUACAUUAAUCGAUCUAUGCAGAAUUUUUGUAAGACCACAGCUCAGGCCCUGCAGGAGCUCGGGAUGAAACCUCUGGAUCUGAGAGUCUAUGAAGAUAUACCAGAGACGCCUGUAGAUGCUGAUGCCCCCGUCCAUCCACCUGUUUCAAAGACACACCCCUAUGACAAUCAGGACCCCAAGAAUAUGCCGGCAGACACAGGAUAUGGUUGCAAGAUGGUGGAUGGAGUAGUCCAUGUCUACACCAAGAAGACCAACAUUGACAAAAGUACAGAACUAGACCUGCCCUAUCCUGACCUGAAGGAGUAUAUUGCGGACAUGAAUGUUAUGAUGGCCCUCAUUAUCAACGGGCCAGUGAAGUCUUUCUGCUACCGCCGCCUACAGUAUCUGAGCUCUAAGUUCCAGAUGCACAUCCUCCUGAAUGAGAUGAAGGAGUUGGCAGCUCAGAAGAAAGUUCCACACAGAGACUUCUACAACAUACGAAAGGUGGACACACACAUACAUGCGUCAUCCUGCAUGAAUCAGAAGCACCUGCUGCGAUUCAUCAAGAGAGCCAUGAAGAAAUACCCUGAGGAGAUUGUUCACAUUGAGCACGGCCGUGGUCAGACCCUCAAGCAGGUGUUUGAGAGCAUGAACCUGACGGCCUUUGACCUGAGCGUAGACACUCUCGACAUGCAUGCGGAUCGUAACACCUUCCAUCGGUUUGACAAGUUCAAUGCCAAAUACAACCCCAUUGGAGAAUCCAUCCUCAGAGAGAUCUUCAUCAAGACUGACAACCACAUUGAAGGAAAAUACUUUGCACACAUUAUUAAGGAGGUGAUGUAUGACUUGGAGGAGAGUAAGUACCAGAACUCUGAGCUACGUCUGUCCGUAUAUGGUCGGUCCCGAGACGAAUGGGAUAAGCUGGCUCAGUGGGCCGUUAAACACCGAGUGUACUCUGAUAAUGUGCGCUGGCUUGUCCAGGUGCCACGUUUAUUCGACGUCUACCACACAAAGAAGCAGCUGGCCAAUUUUCAAGAGAUGUUGGAGAAUAUCUUCAUCCCUCUGUUUGAAGUCACGAUCAACCCCCGGAGUCAUCCUGAGCUGCACCUCUUCCUGGAGCAUGUGGUGGGCUUCGACAGCGUGGACGAUGAGUCUAAACCUGAGAACCACAUUUUCAAUCUUGAUAGUCCAUUGCCUGCCAACUGGACUGAGGAGGACAACCCACCCUACUCCUACUACCUCUACUACACCUAUGCCAACAUGACUGUGCUCAACCACCUGCGACGGCGGCGAGGCUUCCGUACGUUUGUGCUGCGACCUCACUGUGGGGAGGCGGGGCCGAUCCACCACCUGGUGUCAGGUUUCAUGUUAUCAGAGAACAUCUCCCACGGCCUGCUCCUCAGAAAGGCCCCGGUGCUGCAGUAUCUUUACUACCUGGCUCAAAUUGGCAUCGCCAUGUCACCCCUGAGUAACAACAGCCUGUUCCUCAGUUACCAUCGCAACCCACUGCCAGAGUACCUGUCCAGAGGCCUCAUUGUCUCUCUGUCCACUGAUGAUCCUCUUCAGUUCCACUUCACUAAGGAGCCUCUGAUGGAGGAGUACAGCAUUGCUACUCAGGUGUGGAAACUAAGUUCCUGUGACAUGUGUGAGCUGGCAAGGAACAGUGUCCUCAUGAGUGGGUUUUCACACAAGGCCAAAAGCUACUGGCUGGGCCCCAGUUAUGCUAAGGAGGGUCCCUUGAGCAACGACAUCCGCCGCACCAACGUCCCCGACAUCCGUGUAGCGUACCGCAGCGAGACACUCUCUGAGGAGCUCCAACUCAUCACCCAUGCUGUGCGCAACGAAGAGCUGGACACUAUUGACGAGGAGGACUCUCUGUCCAUGGGCCCUCUCCCCGGAAGACGCUGAAAGCACAGUCACUUGGACCUGGCCUGUAAACCCCACACCCCUGUGGUCCACCUAGCAUGACAAUGAGGAGACGUAGUGUGAGAGUAAUUCUGUCGUUCAUCCUAUAUAGAACAUAAACACACACCAACCAUCACUAAGGAAAAGCCAAGGAUACAGUUGUGCCAGAGCACUUUAGCUUCAAGGUUUUUCUUGCGUUUGAGUCAUUUCUAGGCAUCAGGAAAGGAUUUUAACCCCAUUUUGUUGUUACAUUUCCCCCCAGAUCUGCUUAUAUUGUUCUCUGUGACAUUUUAGUUCUCACUCAGCAUAAUGAAGGUUAGCAGAGGUGACCAGCUCCUAGGAUUUUUGUGAAUGAAAAGCAGGGAAACCCUCAGCAGAGUGACACAGACUCUCCGUGCUGUCUUGCCAAAGCCAUUAGAUGAUCCCUGUGAUUUAUUGUCAUUCAGCGAUAUGUUUUACUUCAGACAUUACAUGCAUGUGGUAUCUCUGUAGUAUCUGUGUACUAAAGAAACAACCAGCACAUUUCAAACUUUCUUCACAGAAAACCUGCUCUAAAUGUUGCUUAUCUUACACUACACAUGCUGCUUAAACUGAACUGAAUGCAUCGAUCCUCUUCAUUAUACAAAUUUAUAAUGAAUGAUUUUCAGAUGCAGUCUUACAUUUUAAGCUACUUCAGGGUGGCUUGGAGACAGUAACUCGUAUAACAAGACUUCUCACUGAAUGCUGCACCACUGAACAUCAGCCAUGCAUGGUGCUCGGCGUGGUUUCAGAUAAUUUAUCUGCCAAAUUGCACACACAGAAUUGUUCUUCCAUGAUUUCAAUCAGCUCCGAGUCAGGAGACAGGAGAGAAGCAGACUGCAAACAUUCCAUGAAGGAAACUGUCCUCUAUAGCUGCAAAUCAAAUGAGCUGCAGUAAAUGUUGGUUUGAUGAUAUAUUUCCAUAUAAAGCGGAAAUGUGCAUUGUAGAUUUAAACCACAGCACAAGUAAAUGUCGAUGAAUCCAGCAUCGUCCGAGGAGAGUGCUCUCGCCGUUACCCCACUGUGGCCAUAAAGAUACGGACCUUCUGUCACUCCUUAGGGCUCUGAUUCAUGUUUCACUCAUUCCUUCCAUCUACGGACAAACUAGAAAGUUGUGAGAGUUUUUCCCCUUUGCAUGCAGUGCUCUGUACGUAUGCACCGAGCAAAGAAUUCACAGUGCCUUUUCGUUUUCAGCUUUGGGCGCUGCAUGCCCAGUUUCUGUCUUAAACACCUGCAACAAGUAUUGCAUCACUUUUCCUGUCAUAUACAGUAGACCUCUAUGCUGUUGUAAUAUCUACGCCAAUGGAACUGAACCACCUAGCUGCAUGCUCGGUGUAAAUAGCUUUUACCUUGGCCUUCGUUUGAGGAUAAAAGUUGAUUUGUUUCUGGUUCUCUACUUGUUUUUUUUCGCAUGCUUGCAUGAAUAACGGAUGGCAGGAGAGAAUGAGUUGCUUAAAUGUGAAGCAUCUUAACUAAUUCAGGGCUGCCGACCAGCUUUCGAAUCAGAGAUCUGUUGCAGCGAGCCAACAGAUUUAAUCUCAGCAUCGUUCACCAUGUAGAAACGAGCAAACCAUGCUGGGACAUGGUUAAGACUGUUGCAUGGUUCUUGUAGCAUUUAUGGUUUUUCAACUCGUCCCAAAUCUGAUCGAAGCUGGGAUCACAUUUUGUAUUGUACACUCACCACGUUAUCACAUCCUGCCAUCGGAAACGGUCCAACUUCCCAUCAAACUGUGAGCAUUCUUCUUAAACCUAGACGCCGAUGUCGAGUAACAUUUGAUGCCAAGAGAGCGAAUCAGAAACUGUCAGCCUUUGUUUGAAUAACCAACCGUAAUGUAUUCGCAUAUAUACGUGUUUGCUUUAUAGAGGAUUAGGAUAAAAGAAGAGAACUCGUCUUUGUUCAGAAAGAAUACAGUAGCUUCUAAUUGUUCAAGGGAUGCACUGGAGUUGUGCGCUGAACAUGGUGAAAUUUGUGCGUUUGUUGGGUUUCAUGUAUAAAGUGUAUUUUUUUAAAGGCGAUAUAGAGAUAAGAAAUUUUAUAUUCACAAUAUAUUGAUGUCAAGGUUUAACACUUAGUUUCGUUGCUGUUGAUCAUUGUGAAUUGGCAUUAUGUUUUUCAAUACAGUUUUGUUGUUAGCCUUUUUAAUUUGUGAAUUGGACAUUUUAGUGUCUGUUCUGACUGUUUAGCCACCAUUUUUUAAGUUUCUGAUCACGCUCAGUUUAUUAUUAUAGGUAGGUACAUGAUAGUUACCUCUUACUUAACAGUGUCUACAGUCAGAAACCGACCUAUAUACACACACACACACACACACACACACACACACACACACACACACACACACAAAGAUAAAGACUAAUCCUAAUUUUUACAUCACAUCAAUAGAGUUGGCUGUUUGUUUUCUGUUUUGGUUUCAAAUAAUUAUUUCAAGCAUUAAUCUACACUUGUCCUUAUCUGUCGGAUGUCCACAGACAGAAGCACAAAGUAGUUAUGUCUAAUUAUUGCAGCUUCCUUUUGUUAUUGGCCUUUUCUUGUUUUAAUGUUUAACCAUCUUAAUGACUACUUUGUCACAUUAGAAGUGUUAUAUGACAACGUACAAUGCUGUGGUACGUUAUCACUGAGAGAAAGUUAUUCCGGACUGACCUGAACCUUUUUCAUCCGUUCACAUUUACAUCUUGUUGUUUACUGUGAUGAUGUACACUUCAUGGUUUCAUGUUGUCUUUUACAGUCACCACAGAGUCACUUGUCUGUGCACUCACAACAUAGUGAACCCUACCUCAAAAAUACUUAUCUCUGUCAUGUUGCUGCAACAGCCGGGCCCAACUAAUUUCCAUUUAUUAUUAAUCUACCAACUAUUCUCUUGAUUAAUCAAUUAAUUGUUUGGGCUGUAAAAUAUCAGAAAUGAUCAAAAUGCUAUUAUAAUUCCCCGUAGUGCCUAGGGUAUUGAAAUUGUUUGUCCAGUCUUCACAUUUGAGAAGCUUGAACCAGUAAAUUCAGGUUAUUUUUACUUAUAAAAAUGAUUUCAAAAGAUAAAGCGAUCAUCACAAUUUCUGAUUAUUUUUUGUCCAAUCAACUUAUUGAUUAAUCUCAGUAAAUACUGGCACACGAGAAGUGAUUCACUAGCACUAAAACAGCUGAAACCAUUUAAAGUUACUGAUCAGUACGAGCAGUAACACAGUGAUUCAAAUAUAUACUAUACGCUAUUCACCGAUUCAUCGUUCACAGUUUCUGUUUUUAAGACGUUAAGAUUGAUUCAUUUGUUUACUAACUUUACAGUGCAUUUAUUACAAGUAUUCUGAUGCUCACACUCAAUAUAUUUUUGUGCUCCGCUUAUAUUUUUCUCAUGAAGUAUCUUUGUUUUUACAGUCUUGUCACCUUUUUGAUUUAUAUUUUUAAUUUUGCCUAAUUUUAUGUCCAUUGAUCUGUAGCCAUAUUAUUGCCUGAAAUGGAUUGCCAGUGUUAAACAGAUUCAAAUGCUUCUGAUAAGGUUCAUGUGUAAUGUCUAAACAAUGAAAUAAAGCAUGUUUAUUCACUAA